AUGCUUGCGUUCUGGAACGCCCAUUCGGAGAAUCCAGGUAAAGUAUUGUUUCUGAAGUACGAGGAUUUGAAGGAGGACGUGGUUUCUAACGUUAAGAAGAUCGGCGAGUUUUUGGGGUGCCCGUUUUCGUCCGAGGAGGAGGAAAACGGGGUGAUGGAAGAAAUAGCAAAGAUUUGCAGCUUCGAGAGUCUGAAGAAUAUGAAGGUGAACAAGAACGGACAUGUUUACGGUGUGGUGAAGAAGAGCUCGUUCUUUAGGAAGGGAGCGGUCGGAGAUUGGAGCAGCUAUCUGACGCCUGCAAUGGCUGAACGUAUGAAGAAGCUUAUGGAGGUCAAGUUUCGGGGCUCGGGUUUAAUGUUCGAGAUCUAA